AUGGCUUCUUCCAUUAAAUUCGCACGCUUCAAGAACGCUACUUUAGAGCUCUUCGAGGCGCCCAUCGAAUCCACAGAUUACAUCGCUUUCUCUCAUGUCUGGGGUAACUGGGCCUGGCGUUCGACUGAUGGUAUACCGUACGAGAUCAAAGCAUCGGAAGAGAAAGCUCAUUUCAUCGCAAAUGACCUACCGGCUUUGGUUGGAGACGGCGCCUUUUGGAUGGAUACGUUAACUGUCAAUCAGCGAAAUCCAGCUGAAGUCUCCGAAAUCGUGGACAAGAUCCCUACGAUCUUCAGAAUGGCUAAGAAAACUAUUGCAGUCAGAGAAUGUGACGGGCUGUACGACUGCUGCAUUGCUGCUGUUAACGGUUUCGAGAGUGUGACCGAGUUCGUCAAAAAGUUCCAUGCUCACGAUGAUGAGCACUUUGACUACAUCUGCGCAGAGUCUUAUCUACAAAGACUGUGGACGCUGCAAGAGUGCCUACUCUCCCAUACCAUAGAAUUUGUAGUUGGAACAAACAAUCAGCCAAAGACGCCGGCAGUGCGGGCUCAGACUACAGACGACGUCAGCGUAUACCGACAUCGGGCGGAACGAACGAUUCUCGCGGAUGCUCUCUGGGUCCUAGCUUAUUCGUUCUCCGGCUCUCAGGGCAUUCCAGCCAUGAAUGAUUUCUUCAAGGCGUACGUUCAUGGCGGCACCGUCAUCAACCCUCGUGGCGCACAGCGAACUCAGGAAGAAGACAUCCACACCGGUUCUUUUCUAAAGGUCAAUCGGGCAUCUCAUAGAUCCGCCACCAUGCCCCGUGACUACAUCUUCGCGACAAUGCCUUCAUUUCCGUGGUACACGUACCCGAGCAAAGAGGCUCUAACAAUGUCCUUUGGGGAUAUCUAUUUGGAUCUUUACCAGCAAGCUGCACGCUCAGGGCAUGCUUUUACGUGCAGGUUCACACGUUCAAUGAUCGACGCUACAUGUACAGAUCCCGUUAUUGGCUGGCUACCAAGUCAACAUCUUCCCAGUCCCACGACGCUUGGUGACUUCCUGAAACUUGUCGGACAACGCGUACCGGAAAAUUCGAACGCCUCUUCACAGCAUGUGCAUGUCACAUCGGUUGUGCACAUUGAGGAAUUUGAGUGCGACGAUUCCCCAGACUUCGUUAUUGCUUUGCUGGAGGCCUCUCUCAAAAACUUCCAAGAACAAUGGGAAGAGUCUCAUCGGGGCGGUGAGCUUUCCAAAUAUGGAAGCUAUCCAAGCGUCCACUGGACCCUUGACCACCUAGACGCUAUACGUUGUGGAUGGUUACCUACUGACCCAGAGCAUGCAAUUCGAGUGUCUGAGUACAACGAUCAAACUCUGAUUAGGAUCGGUCCUGGCCUAGAAUACGAGGAAGACGAUCUUGUACCAGGCCUUCGCAGUCUCGACGAGACUGAGCAAGAGGCACGUACUGAUGAGACCGACAAUGUUGCCUCAUUGUUUGUGCAAGCGAGGAAGAUAUUAGACAACAUGUGGUGCGCACACGAUCCGCACCACAUCGACGCUGCGCAGAAGGGUGAUUGGGCCAGUUUCAAGCGACAGAUGCAAGGUUUGUGGUCAAAGCCUUUACUACGAACUGUGUUUCUUCUUGCUGCCAUGGUCAAUUGUCGCGUUCCGUUAUCAGCCGCAGCAUGGGUCAACAAGCUCUUUGUCCCUGUGUACAUUCAUCACGGUAAAUUCCUUCUUUCAGCCGGGCUCCUAGCAAAACACGCACGUCAGCCGAAGCGCCAGAGGCAACAACCUGGUUCCCUGUUAUGUGUUGGUCAACAUCUCCCUUCUUCAGACCAGAAAGCUUUUGGUAAAAAUCUCUAUCUGGUAGAUGCCAAGUCCAAGGUUCCCGUUGGCUUGGUCCCGGAUCUUAUUCCGGACGACCAAUAUCCGUACUGGGCUGGAGAGCCCUCAAAGUUCCGGUAUCUAGCCACAAUCUCAUUCUUGUCCUGGGAGGACGUGCAGAAGCGGCUCGAGCUUUGCUUCCAGGAUCUCAAUAACGGGCUAUUUCCACCAGAAGACGAGCAAGAUGAUGAAGACGCAGAUUGCAAGCAGUCCAAAUUAGACUCUGGCAUCGCCGUCUUCGAGGCACUCUUCCGAGGAUCUGAUCAUUUCGCAGACAAGGACGCUACGACGCAAUACAUGUCAACGAGCUCGCAGCCACCUUCACGGGGUGAUAUUCGAGACUCACUCCUUUCUCUGGCCCGUCAGAAGUAUAACGACAUCUUGUCACGGACGAUCUCACCUAAAGAUGUGUUCUGCGUCUCCACACACGAUCAUCAGCGCAACGUCAGUGGAUACGCGUUUGAUGGCUUCGCCUCGUUCCCACUCACUCCGGAACGGUCACAAAUAUUUGCACUGGAGAAAUAUAUUGUUUCGCUCUGUGCGCCGAUUCGGACUAAGGAACUUGUUCGACAUGUAGCGUUCACGUUACGAAAUCUCAUACACAACGUAGAAACGAGGUAUGAUGAGCGUAUCACUGCAGUCGAAACAACAAUUGAGGGUGGAAUUGGUGCACUACGCGAUUCAUGUCUUGCCAACAUUCAUCGUUGCAUCGACAAAAUAUUCGAGGAUCGUAUCGCGGGACAGCUACUAGGGACACCAGAAACUGUCUUGCCUGCGUGCGUUGACGUGGCGAGAAAGUUGUGUCGCGAAUCGCUCAGCGGGUUUCAUCACAAUAGGCACAGAACUUACAUGCGAAAUGAGGGAAACUACAAGUUGCCCAGAUCUAACGUCCGCUCUUGGAAUACACAGAUGCUCGCGCCGAUAAAGAAGGGUCUUGAACCGAUCUUCGACGCUACGAUUAACAAAUUGCAAAACGGUAUCGACCAGGUGGAACGAGAAAUUUCAUCAGCAAUGAAGCUUCUAGAACUCAACCUUCGUGCUCAAUGCCCGGAACCGAUCACUGUUGAGCUAGACACAUCCAUCCGACGGAUCACCCAUAAGCCUAUCGCACUUCGGGAUAUGGAGAAUGUUUUUACCAACGGCAUUACAGCUUUUAUGCAAGAACAGAACGACCGCUGCUGUACGGACAUAUUCGAAAGGUCAUACUUUCGGAAUGACAUGAGCAAAGUCUACGAUAAGAGUUACCGGACCAGACCAACACCAGGACAGACAGUGAAGCUCGCACAAAUGGAAAUGUUUGAGCAGCUACUUUGCGACGCGAACACCAAUCCUUUCAACGCUGUCUACACACGUUUGGGAGAAGCUAUUGUUUCGGAAAAGCAACGUGUCAAAGAUCUCUUGGAAGAGCAUGUUGGUGCCUUGUUCCGGAGUAUCGAGGAGGAGUUCGAGCGGUCACGAGAAGUCCGUGUGGCCCUGACUAACGAGGAGGCUCAAAUCAUGGAUGAUCUGCUAAACAGUACAGUGACGGCAGCAAAGGUGCGAGGGAUUCUUGAGGAGAAAUUGAAGGAGUGCGGGGUGGACGUGGAAGCCAUCAAAGCAGAAUUGACUGAACGUCAAUCAUUGUAG